AUGCAGGACCAUGGCAGGGCCGUUUUAGCGGUUCCGGGUCAGUGGGUGCAGGUCAAUCGUGCGCCGCCCAGCCAUAGGUCGGUGUGCGAGCAUGGCGUGAGGUCCGGGGUCGUCGACGCAGUACUCACGAUCGAUCAGGAGCAUGCUCCGACCUCUCUGUCGAUGGAGUAUGCCCGCUGGCGCCUCCCUCUCAUCAAGGAGGAAGUACGCUCGUGCCCGAACGCGCCCGCCUACUCGACCGAUGGCAGCUUCACAGGCGCCCAGCAUACGGCCAUCCAAUCGCGGGCAGAGGUCGCCAUCGCGGAGGAGGUCAAGAAUGUCAAGGAGGAGGGGGCCACCAAGAGCAAUCAUGUCAACGGGGGGGGGAAGGAUGAUCCUUCGUCCCAGGGCUCAUGA